UUGAUCGCUACUUGUGCCCGCAGUAGUAGUCCCAAUCUAUCUUCUUUGGUACUGGUCACUCGUCUGUGAGCAUGAUCGAAUAAAAGUGACGAUUUUGAUGGCGGUUGUAUUUGUGCGGCCAUCAGGCCUCGAACGCCUCGUCGAACAGGAGCCGGCGACGUCGCCCCCUUCGUCCCCUCCACCGCGCCCACGCCACGAAUCCAUUCCAUUCCCAUUCCUCCCCACGCCGCGCGCCUCCAUAAUACCGCACCGGCACCCUCCCAUGCCGCUCACCACAGUCCACAACCCCCCGCAAAGCCAGCCAUUGGGACAGACUUGGCAUUCGAUUCCCAGCCCGGCCCACGCGCUUCGUCCCUCGCGCCUUGUUGGCGCGUGCCCCGGACAGAGAGAGAAGCGGGUAGCUCGGCGUUGCGGGCAGCGGCGGCGGCGUUUCUCAUGAAGGUGCUGUGCAGCGCCUGCGAGGCGGCGGAGGCGAGCGUCCUCUGCUGCGCCGACGACGCCGCCCUCUGCGCGCGCUGUGACCGCGAGGUCCACGCCGCCAACCGGUUGGCCGGCAAGCACCAGCGCCUGCCCCUCCUCGCCCCCGGCGGCCAAAGCGCUGCCGCCGUGUCGCCGCCCAAGUGCGACAUAUGCCAGGAAUGCGACGCCUACUUCUUCUGCCUCGAGGACCGCGCGCUGCUCUGCCGGAGCUGCGACGUCGCAGUGCACACCGCCAACGCCUUCGUCUCGGCGCACCGCCGCUUCCUCCUCACCGGCGUCCAGGUCGGCCAGGAGCUGGAGGACCCCGCCCCGGAGCAGCCGGAGCCGCCGUCUCCCCCGCCGGCGAAGAGCGACCCGGCCCCGCCGCUCUACGGCGAGGGCGACUUCAGCUGGGCGGCCGGCGUCACGGGGAGCCUCGCGGACUGGUCGGGCGUGAACGAGCAGUUCGGCUCCCCUGCUCCGCGCCACGCCGAGGCGGGGAGCCGGGCCACGCCGAAGCGGAGCCCACGGGCGCCAGCUUUCGGUGCCGGCCACGGCCAGGGCCGCGUCGCCGGCGGGGUCAUGGACUGGCCACUGGGCGAGUUCUUCCGCGGCGUCAGCGACUUCAACUGCGGCUUCAGCUUCGGCGAGAGCGGAACCUCCAAGGCCGACAGCGGGAAGCUCGGCGGCAGCGCGGGGGGCUCCCCGUACUACCGCUCGUCGUCGGAGGACCGGGACGCCAACGAGCUGUUCGGACAGGUGCCGGAGAUCCAGUGGUCGGUGCCGGAGCUCCCCUCACCGCCGACGGCCUCCGGCCUCCACUGGCAACACGGCGGCGGCCCCGACAGCACGGCCUUCGUGCCGGACAUCUGCUCCCCGGACAGCUUCCCGACCGCCGCCGCCGCAGGAGCAAAGCCCCAGAGGAAUCGCUAGCGCGUGGUCACCAUGCCCAUGAUUGUUCCUGCAGCUUAGCUGUGCUGAGCCAACAGACUGCGCAGCUGAUGCAUCCAGGACAGUAGAACACGGACCUGAUCCUGGGCGUGGUGUCAUACUACUGUCAUGUGUGAAGCUUCAUUGCCAUGGUGAUGCUUCAACCAAUCUAGCUAGCUAGGAACAGAGAAGACAGUGAGUACUAGCGGGGAUGGUGGUGGUUGAGGUUGACGUUGCAUCGAGCAUCGUUAAUGGUGACGGUGAGAUCGAGUAAUGGGAUGUGAGCUUGUGCGCGUGCUUGGCUGCUGGUGGCGCAUCGAAUCGAACAUUGGACGACGGAAAUGGAACGAGCUAGAAACUGCUAGCCUUUUGACUUCUUGAUGGAGGUCUGAAACUGAUGCACAAACGGAUAGCUUAUGCUAGACACUGGAACAGUACCAGGAACAUAAGAUUCGAUGCU